AUGGCUACUUAUCAAAUGUGGCUGUCUUCUCAAUUUGGUGGAAUUACUACUGAAGAAGCUGAGAAACGUAUGCACUUUACCAAAUCAACCCACAACCAAAAGAUAGAAGCCCUAUGGUCUCAGAUGAUGAAACAACACAAACGCUCCAUCAUGUACAACAUUGAAGAGGCCAUUCAGAAAGAAAAUUAUGACCCCAAUGAUGAAAUUCAAAAUUUUCCAAUCUAG